AUGAAGGCACUGCGCCGGGGCAGCCCCGCGUGGCUGGGCACCCUCCUCACCGCCUGCCUGGCUGCCCUCCCCGGCAGCAUCGCCUGCCCCCGGCUCUGCGCCUGCUACGUCCCCACCGAGGUGCACUGCACGUUCCGGUACUUCACAGCCGUCCCACCGCACAUCCCUCCAAACGUGGAGCGCAUCAAUCUGGGUUACAACAGCUUGCUUAAACUGACGGAAACAGAUUUUUCUGGCCUGGAGAAACUGGAGUUACUGAUGCUGCACAGCAAUGAGAUAAAUACAAUCCCUGAUAAGGUGUUCAGUGGUUUAUAUUCAUUACAGGUCUUAAAAAUGAGUUAUAACAAGGUCAGAGUACUUCAGGAGGAUGUUUUUUAUGGUCUAAAGAGCUUGGUACGGUUGCAUAUGGACCACAAUAAAAUUGAAUUUGUAAAUCCCAACGUUUUCUACGGACUCACAUCGCUGAGGUUGGUCCACUUGGAAGGAAAUUUACUGAAGCAGCUUCAUCCAGAUACUUUUGUCACCUUGCGCUAUGGCCAAAUAUUUAAAGUAUCCUUCAUGAAGCACAUUUAUUUGUCUGACAAUGUGUUGACUUCACUACCACAAGAAAUGUUUUCCUACUUGUCGGAGCUAGAGAGCAUUUACCUUCAUGGAAACCCAUGGUCCUGUGAUUGCAAUCUACAGCGGUUUGCAGCGUGGGCAAAAGAGAGACCAGAUGUUAUAAAGUGCAAAAAAGACAGAAGUUCCGGUGCUCAGCAGUGCCCGGUUUGUGCUAGUCCCACGAGGCGUAAAGGGAGCAGCUUAGUGGAUAUUCCUUCUGCAUCUUUAACCUGCGCUAAGCCAGCCAUACAUGACUCCCUGAAACUGAAAAACCUCACAGUGCCAGGUGAUGGGGAUUUCAGUUCCGUAUCUCCCAAGGACUUCAUAGCGCCCAUAGGAUCCAUGGUUUUGAACAUGACGGACCAAGCAGGAAGUCGAGGUAACUUGGUUUGCAGCAUCCAAAAGCCUAAAGAAAUGUCUCCCAUCUCAUUUGACAAAGAUGGCAACAGUACAGUACUCAAAGCAUCGUUCUCAGCAUUUCUUGUGUGCGGCAUCGAGUAUGAACAUAUUCAGCAGCUAUGGAGCAUACUGGCACUGUACAGUAAUUCUCCCUUAAAGCUGGAAAGGAAUGUCCCAGCAACUCACAUGCCUUCUGUUGGUUACAAAUAUAAACAAAUCUACUCAGAAAAAGAUGAACUUUUUACCAAUAUAGAGACUGAACUGAGAGCUGAACCAUCUUGGUUAAUGCAAAGCAGAGUGGCGUUACAGCUAGACCGGACGGCAACCACACUUAACACGUUGCACAUCCAGUACUUUACAGAUGCUCAGAUUAUUUUGCCCAGUGCUGACAAAAAACAGGUGAGAAAUAACUGGACCAUCAUCUCCAGGGACAACAAAACACAGACGGAGCACACUGUUUUAGUCGGAGGGGCCGUCGAACUAGAGUGCCGAGCAAUUGGAGACCCCGCUCCUGCAAUAGAGUGGAUACUGGCUGAUGGGAGCAAAGUGAGAGCCCCUUACGUCAGUGAGGAUGGAAGAAUCAUCGUAGUUAAAACUGGAACAUUCACGUUACGGACAGCUGACACGUUUGACACUGGGCUUUAUCACUGCAUAGGCACAAAUUACAACGAUGCAGAUACUCUCACAUUUAGAAUUACUGUGGUCGAUCCUUACGUGGAGCACAACAGCGUAAACGGAGCCCAACUUUGUACGUUUGUUGGCAGCACGCUCUACCUUCCCUGUACAUCCACCGCCGUUCCAGAUGCUGCCAUUAGUUGGGUGUUACCUGAGCAUGCAAUUCUUCAGCAUUCUGUAAGAAACAAACAUAUUUUUGACAACGGUACCUUGAGAAUACAAGGGGUAACAGAGCAAGACCAUGGCUACUUUAAAUGUGUUGCAGCCAACCAGUAUGGCGUUGAUCUGUUGGUUUUCCAAGUGCUAGUUAGGAAGGACGAAACCACUCUAAAGAGACAGCAUGUAGCUGUGGGAGAAUGGGAAGAGGGCGAUGGCUCUGGCAAUGCAGUGCUGGCCUCUGCCACAACACAGGAGCAUCCUUCAGCUACGCUAGCUACCUUGACAGCUGAUCAGGUCUCUGCCACCACAGCGUCCAGAAAUCAGGUCACACAGAGCAUACAUGAAAGGAAUGGCUACGGGAAGAUGACUUACAGGCACUACAGGGACAAAAUAAGCAGGCGGUUUAGAGGACACAGAAGACAGUUUGUUUCCUCAGCCAGGAGAGUCGAUCCACAGCGCUGGGCAGCCUUGUUGGAAAAAACAAAGAGGAACUCGACACUGAUAGAAAAGCAAGGAGAAGUUGCAACGAAACCACCUCUUCAAGUCCGUAAGUUCUCAGAAGUACCUGGGAAUGAGGAGGAAACAUCUGGUGAUCUUAUAUCUCCAGAAGAAGAAUUCAUGAUACCAGUAACAGAGAUGGCCACUGUAUCUACUCUGGGGACCAUGACAACUGCAGGGCCCCAGAUGACCAUGAGUAACACUCUUGCUAGGAAAACCUCUCUCCUGGUUGCAGAGGCAGUAACUCCCUUACCCUCUCCUUUUUCACAGUCUGUGUCAUCUGACAGCAGAAGGCCUCAAGCAUAUCUAAACCCCACAAUUACACACUCGAGGGAAAGAUCUGAUUUAAGUCAAACAUCAGCAAAUGGUAUGAAACAAUCAGCUGUAUCAAAUGGAGCAAGUAGAACAUCUACACUCUUCCCUGCUGCGCAAACGUUGGUGUAUUCUGGGGAAAGUAAUAAGCAGCAUUUAAAAUCUGUGUCUACAACACUCGUGACAAAUGUUACGGACACCAGCAAGUCUGUCACUUCCCAAGCUGCAGUGGACAAGCUACAUGUUUUUACUGAGUCUGUUGAUAAGAUUUCGUCCAAAACAGAUCACCAGAUACCUGUAGUGACAGUCAGUGAACCAAGCCCUGGAUUUGGUCACGUUUAUUUUCAUGGUGCUCAGAAACAAAUAACUCCUAAGCCACCAUUGGCCUCAACUACCAUUACUCAUCAGCAAAUUCACAUUAUUCAGGAUGUUACAACUCAUGCUCCCCAGGCCCAGCAGCAAUAUGGAAGACGAAGGAAGAUUUCCAGUAGGAGACGAUUUGUUAGACCAGGACGCAUUCCAAGUAUGAAAGAGCACAGGUACAAUUUGGGGAGGCCAGGAUCUGUCAGAGGAAGUACAGCUGUGGCUCCAGAUGUUCAAAUGAAUAUGAAAUAUGUAUCAAAUUUACCAACCUUAAAUAAUUUAAACCACUCCAUCAACCCACUUAGCCCAGAAGCACCUCUGUCCUCCCCCUCUACCAUGACUAUGCCAUUGGAGCACCCAGCAGGUACUCAUCAAAACACAGCAUUCCUUGGGGAAGAGGAAAACAAAGAUAAUGCAAGGCAAAAAACUACUCCGACAGCCCUGCCUUUCUCUAGUCUUGCAACGAGUGCAACCAAAGAAAUGGAUGUAACAAGUUUGGGGCCAACAGUCAUACCUAUUAUUACUCCUCAAACUGACACCAAAAUCACCAAAAGUAAAACAUUCAGAGUGGGAAGAAAGAGAGGUCAGAGGAGGAGGAGGCCCCCUAAAACACCUGCUUCACCAAGCGUGACUGCAGGCCGCAGCACCGCGGCGAUUCCAUCGGGGAAUGCAGCCCUGCCUGUCCUGACAACAGGUCAAUCAUUAACGACGCGUACAAGUCUUAGGCCUGCAGAACCUCUCUCCGAGGGUGCAAGCGCAGCCUCAGCGACACAAGUGCCACUCGACAGACCGAUGGCACCUCAGGACGUGCCUGCAGCAGCCACACAGAUGUCAGCGACCCCCCUCACACCGAGGACCCUCCCGUCAGCCACACCGCCCCCCGACAGUGGGAUUGCUCACAGCCUCCCCGCGCCACCCCAAACCACACCGCGGCUUUCUGAGCCUUUCAAGGCCACGAGCGCACGGCCUGCCACAGGCCACGCGGCCUCUGGGUCAGAACCCGCCCGGGAAAUCAAAGCCACCACAACCAUGGCUGGAAAGUCUCACCCGAGAACGGACGAGGGGGUUCUCCGAGAACACCACGUAGCACAGCCCGCAUUCCCGGCAAGAACCGCGCCAAGUACCAGAGCUCCCGCUGCACCCACAGACAUCGCCCGCCCCAGUGCUCGGCACCCCGCCCCGCUGCCAGCCCCCACAGCCGUUGUGCCACCCACACGGACAGCGAGAACCCACGCGCCUCCGUGGGGGGGGACCCAACGCUGGCAGAAGGCCUCUGCUACGGUGACAGGCAGAGGCCAGGCAGCGCCUGCCCGUACACGCACUGUCCCGAGGCCGACGCAGGCGGCGAGUCCCCGUGCUCCGCUGAGGGAUGGGGACGGGGACAGUUCUGCCAACGGCUGGUCUGGAAGGAGACAAGAUCAGGAGGCUGCCACCAACAGUCCUACCGCCUUGGACUCUUUAAGCAGAAAUCAUUUUGCAAAGCCCAGAAUAAUUGGAGGAAAAUUAGCUGCUUUUACUGUGCUAGCUAAUUCAGAUGCUUUUAUUCCUUGUGAAGCCACUGGUAACCCCCGUCCAACAAUACAGUGGACCAAGAUGUCAUCAGGGACCGAUGCUCCGGCAGGCCGAGGUGACGGCAGAUGGAUGGUGUUUGCCAACGGCACGCUCUCCAUCGCCCGGGUGGGCCUGGAGGACCGCGGGCAGUACCUGUGCACUGCGGCCAACCCACACGGCGCCGCGCGGCUCCUGGCCACCUUGUCGGUAGUGGCCUACCCGCCACGCAUCGCCGGCGGCAGGUGGCAGCUCCUCACCGCUCACUCCGGAAAGCCCGUGGCAGUGAGGUGCAAAGCUGAGGGAAGGCCUCCCCCCACCGUCUCCUGGGUUCUAGCAAAUAAGACGCACGUCUCCGACUCUUCUGCAGGAAAUAGCCAAGUUCACGUGCAACCAGACGGCACUUUAAUUAUCAAGGAAGUCACCGUUUACGACAGGGGCCUCUACACAUGCGUGGCUAAAAACCCAGCGGGCAGUGACACGCUGGUUGUAAAGCUGCAGGUCAUCGCGGCACCUCCCGCUAUUCUGGAAGAGAAGAGACAACGUGUUGAAGGAACGAUGGGGGAGAAUCUGAAACUCCCUUGCACCGUGAAAGGGAACCCUCAGCCCAGCGUCCACUGGGUCCUCUUUGAUGGCACGGUGGUGAAACCUCUGCAGUUUGUCAACGCAAAGCUGUUCCUGUUCUCCAACGGGACCCUCCACCUCAGCAACGUCGCCCCUUCCGACAGCGGGAAUUACGAGUGCAUAGCCACAAGCUCGACUGGCUCGGAAAGGAGGGUGGUGAGCCUCGUGGUGGAACACAGGAACACACUUCCAAAAAUAGCUACCGCCUCCCCAGAAAUGACUCAGUUGAACUUUGGGGAUAAGUUGCUUCUGAACUGCACAGCGACGGGGGAGCCAAAGCCCAGGAUCAUCUGGAGGUUGCCUUCCAAGGCAGUUGUCGACCAAUGGCACAGAAUGGGAAGUCGAAUCCACGUGUACCCCAACGGAUCCUUGGUUAUUGAGGCAGUUACUGAAAAGGAUGCAGGUGACUAUUUGUGUGUCGCAAGAAACAACAUUGGAGAUGAUCUGAUAUGGAUGAAAGUCAGCAUCACAAUGAAACCAGCCAAGAUUGACCAGAAACAGUCUUUCAAGAAACUGGUGCCGUACGGAAAAGAUUUCAAAGUGGACUGCAAGGCCUCUGGGUCGCCCGCCCCAGAAAUAUCCUGGAGUUUGCCGGAUGGGACGGUGGUCAACAAUGCGAUGCUGGCAGAUGACAGUGGACGCAGGUCUCGCAGAUACGUCCUCUUUGACAACGGAACUCUGUAUCUCAACAAAGUCGGAGUAACAGAAGGAGGAGAUUAUACCUGCUAUGCUCAAAACACCCUGGGAAGAGACGAAAUGAAGAUACGUAUCACGGUCGUCGUGGCAGCCCCUCAGAUAAAGCACAACUACAAGACGUACGUUACAGUGAAAGCUGGAGAUACGGCAUUACUGGACUGUGAAGCUGUUGGCGAACCCAAGCCAAAAAUAUUCUGGUUGCUGCCUUCCAGCGACAUGAUCUCCUCGUCAACAGACAGACACUUCCUGCGCACCAACGGCUCUCUGUCCGUCAGUCAGGUCAGACUGUUAGAUGCCGGGGAGUACAUGUGUGUUGCUCGCAAUCCUGGAGGGGAUGACACAAAAUUGUAUAAACUGGAUGUUGUUGCUAAACCACCCAUCAUAAACGGUUUAUACGUGAACAAAACAAUCAUGAAAGUGACGGCAGUGAGGCAUUCAAAGAAACAAAUUGACUGUAGGGCAGAAGGGACACCUCCCCCUCAGAUUAUGUGGAUCAUGCCUGAUAAUAUUUUCCUAACAGCUCCAUAUUAUGGGAGCAGGAUCACAGUACACAAAAACGGGACACUGGAGAUCCGGAACAUAAGGCCUUCUGACACAGGAGAUUUUAUCUGCGUGGCACGUAAUGACGGGGGGGAGAGUACGCUGGUGGUGCAGCUGGAGGUGUUAGAAAUGCUAAGGCGACCGAUGUUUAAAAAUCCAUUCAAUGAAAAAAUAAUAGCAAAACCUGGAAAAACUACCACAUUGAAUUGUUCUGUGGAUGGAAACCCUCCACCCGACAUCAGCUGGAUGGUGCCUAACGGCACGUGGUUUUCCAGCGGCAUCAGGAGUUCCCAGUUCCUCACAGGGAGCAGCGGCACCCUUACCAUCUACAGUCCCGACAGAGACAAAGCAGGGAAGUAUCGCUGCGCCGCCAGGAAUAAAGUUGGCUAUAUUGAGAAGAUGAUCAUCCUGGAAGUGGGCCAGAAGCCCAAUAUCCUCACGCACCCAACGGGGCCGGUGAAGGGCAUCAGCGGGGAGUCGUUAUCGCUGCACUGCCUGUCUGACGGGAGUCCCAAACCAAACACGGCGUGGACUCUGCCCGGUGGCCGCGUGCUGGAGCGACCGCAGAUCAGCAGGAAGUACGUACUGCUGGAAAACGGUACUCUGGUCAUACGAGAGGCCACCAUUCAUGACAGAGGAAAUUACGUGUGCAAGGCCCACAAUAAUGCCGGAGACUCCUCUGUGACUGUUCCUGUGGUGAUUGUAGCCCAUCCCCCCAGGAUUACGCACAGACCCCCGCAGUCCGUACGCACGAUGCCAGGGGCAGCGGUUCAGCUCCACUGCGUGGCACUGGGAAUACCAAAACCAGAGAUUACCUGGGAAUUACCUGACCACUCGGUACUGUCCGCGGGUCACCAAGGCCGAGCUUCUGGGAGUGAACUGCUUCACCCCCCGGGGACGUUACUCAUCCAGAAUCCCCGACCCUCCGAUUCCGGCGCGUACAAGUGCACAGCGAAAAACUAUCUUGGCAGUGAUUUCACAAUAACAUAUGUUCACGUCAUUUGA